AUGUCCAACUUUUCAUCCAAGCUUUCGAGGGUCCGCUCAGUUAAAAAGCUAUCGGCCUUUACACAUCGACAUCGUUCGCCUUCGCCAAAUCCACCUUCUUCUCCUCCUCCCUCAAGAACAUCAACGGCCUCAGAAGAACUUCCAUCAAGUAAUACCAAAUCUGAUUAUGGCAACAUGGCUCGUCAUUCAUUGCCACGUAGUCGCACUAUUAGUGCUGCUGGGAGAACAACUUCUUCUACUACAGCCAACAGCUUUGGUGAGACCUUGCGAGCCAUGUCAAGAGAAGCACAAAAUGGAGAAUUUGCGGAUGUAUUUGGAUCUUUCUUUUUCAACGACAAACGAUGUCAAAACCGGGCUUUCUUUAUGGCAGCACGAUUAAAGCAAACACUGCAGACGAUGAUUACGCCGAUUCGUCAGCCGACACCUGCUGCACUACUAUCACCUGCCGCCACACCACCAUCACAGCAACGGUAUCCUCCUGCCAACAAUAGCCAUAGCAACCAACAAUUAUGGGAAAUGAUGACGCACCGAUUAUACACGCUCAACUAUAUCCUCUUUGUGUUGCCUCCCACGUGCGAAAUUCGUUCUCGUUUCUUGAACAUGCUUGAACAACAACUUGGCCAAAUUGGUGAUGGACAACAAGUGCUUCGUCGAGGAGGGAUGGAAGUGCAUUUUGUCGUCCGAUACGUCAUGAAGCAUUAUUGGCAUCGACGACGCACGUUGGUGCAGUUUCACCAAGAUGACGAUGACGACGACAUUGAAGAAAUUGUGGAACGUGCUCGUGAGGUCAUAGAGCAUUGCUUAGAAAGUGAAUCCAAAUUGGGACAUGCUGAAAGAGAUGCCAUGUAUGUGUUCCAUGGCCUUCGUAUGGGUUUACACGGCACCUUUGAACCACGUAUUGAGCUGGAGGAGGAUCCCGAACUCAAACAUCGAUUGCUUAUGACCGUUCAAGAAAACAAACAAGUGACAAAACAGGCGUAUGUCAAUCCUUUUGAAGAUGCCGAUGCUAUUGUUACGGAAGAUGAUGAUGAUUUGGUCGGCGAGGACAUGGUCCCUUCUCGAGAAGUCGAUAGUGGAUUUUACGAUCAUUUUGCACCUUCGACAAGAGCAGCAGCUUUUUCAUGA